AGCAUCGGAUUAAACUAAAUAUUCAACGAACAUCUAGUGUUUGGUUAUAUUUUUUUAGUGCUGAAUGGAAUAUAUAUUGGAUGUAUAAUCGCCCAAAGUGGGAAAUCCUACCAUGGGAUAUAUGGUCAUCAUUUACCUAUCAAUGUUAAUCAGCAUGAAACUACGUAUAAUACGUCCCUUUACUGAUAGUCCCGUCAAACAAACAAGCCCAUAAAGUAUUACUAGUACAUGUUUUGGUUUCUUUAGAAACUUCACCAAAGGGGGUUAGAGACCACAGCCAAUUUGUCAAAAAUGGUUACAACGUAGUUGUGUAGUUUCCUUGCAAUGUCUAUAUGUACCCAUCAAUACGCGGUCCCACUCUCAUCAUCUUAUCUAUAAUAGUGCUGAGCAAAUGUAAAACAAAUCUUUAGUCAAAUGGUGUGUAAUGGAAAAGAUUAGCUUAAUUGAGCUAUCAAAUGACUGUAGCAUAAUUAAGUACAGCCCACGUUUUGGAUCGAAGACUUGGCCUUAGAGAAUACUUCAUGGUAAAUGACGAGCUCACAAUCUCCGGUAACUUCGCCGGAAAUGGAUCCCGGAAUAUGGAGCCAGCUGCCUGAGGUCCUCCUGGAACGUAUUCUUUCAUUCCUACCGCUGAGGAACUUCUUGAGCCUCAGAUCAACCUGUAAGCACUUCAAGUCUCUCAUCUUUUCUCCUUCCUUCGUCUCAAAACACUCUUCACCAUCUUCUUCUUCUUCUCUCUCCUCUUUUCUCCUCUCUCACCCACAUUUCCACCUCUAUUACCCUCUUUACGACACUAUCCUCAAAACCUGGCGCACCUUACGGCUCUCCGUCUCUCCCCUGCUAUCAUGUGCACCCUCUGGUCCACACCUCCUCUCCGUAUCCCAUGGCCUCCUCUGUUUCUCUCUCCCAAACUCAUCCUCUUUCCUUGUGUACAACCACUUGGCAAGAUCUUCAAGAGUUGUGGAAUUCCCAGAACACAAUUUUGCCUUUGAGUUGCUUACUUUGGUGUCGUCGCCCAAUGGGUACAAACUCUUCAUGCUUGGCUCUUCUUCCGGGUCAUCAAACAAAGCUUUUGUCUAUGACUCUAGGCUUCAUCUCUGGCACCAAUUCGACAGAGUUGACUCAGUUCUGGGUGAUAAUUUCCUUCAAGAAGGUGUUUCCUAUCAUGGGUACCUCUAUUUCACGACACCGGAGCCUUUUUCAAUUGUGUGCUUCGAUUUGGAAAGUGGGAAAUGGGAGAAAUUGAUGACAGAGUUACCGGGUCAGCUGACUUUUGCCCGGUUGGUGAGCAAAGGGGAUGAGAAGCUACUCCUGAUUGCGGGAAUUGGGCAACACGGAAUCUCGAGGGAAUUGAAAUUGUGGGAAUUAAAUGAAGGGAAUUGGGUGGAGAUAGAGAGAGUGCCAGAGACGAUGUGCAGGAAGUUCAUGUCAAUUUGCUACCACAAUUAUGAGCAUGUUUAUGCGUUUUGGCAUCAGGGUUUGAUUUGUUUGUGCUGUUAUACUUGGCCUGAGAUUUUGUAUUACAAGGUUUCAAGGGGAACUUGGCAUUGGCUACCUAAAUGCCCUUCAUUGCCUGAGAAAUGGAGCUGUGGUUUCAGGUGGUUUUCCUUCAUUCCCGAGCUUCAUGCUUCUGUGUGAGACUCUUGAUCCCUUUGUGUGCCCCACAAUCAUGUUUUCUGAUCCCUGUUACUUCAGUGAUAAAACGUUCUGAGAGCAGCCACUCUGUGCAUGCAUAUAUUGUGAAAGACAAGGUCUGUCUACAGUCCUUUCCCGUCCCUAACCCCAUCGGUUGGAGAUUUCCGUCGUCCUUGUACAAUCCUAACUAUGAGUUAUAAAACAGAUUGACCAGGAAACGUUUUGUAAUUGGCUCUAUGUUAAUUAGACUUUGGCAAAACUAGGAUUUUAUUAUGGGGUGCCCAGGGGUGUGAUUAGGAUCUUAUGUGUUGACUAUACAAAAUGAAUGUAUGUAUUUUUUACAUGUGUUGAAUAUGUUAAUGUGUAUCCAUUUCGU